AUGGAAAAGAAGCCUAAUAUUAUAGGAUUAAUAAAACAGGAUGAUAAAAUUUUUGAAUUAAUUUAUACUGAAUCUUCACAUAUCAUUUGUAAUGAAACUAAAAAAGAUGUUAAUAAUUAA